AUGAAAACAAAGGCUCCAUUGCAUAUCUACGCAUUCAAAUUAAGCAUAUUCAAGAACCUAUUAAAAUCUAAGGCUAUAUGGCAUCUCAAACACUUUUCGAGCUUCCAAUUAUCCAUUUUUCAAAGGAAAAUUUGAAGCCCAACACAAGUUCUUGGAUUGCAACAUGCAAAGAUGUUCGCCUUGCACUUGAAGAAUAUGGAUUUUUCGUGGCAAAAUAUGAUGGGUUUUCCUCAGAACUUGACAAAAAAGUGUUCAAUGUUGUAAAAGAAUUGUUUGAUCUUCCUUUAGAGACCAAAACUCAAAACUUUUCAGAUGUGAUGUUCCAUGGUUAUGUUGGACAAAUUCCUCAUGCUCCUCUUCAUGAAAGCUUGGGAAUUCCAGAUGCAACAACCGCCAAUGGAGUUCAACGUUUCGUGGAUCUCAUGUGGCCUUCUGGAAACCAGCAAUUCUAUGAAACCUUACUCUCUUAUGCAAGACUGAUAUCACAACUGGAGCAAAUGGUAGACAAAAUGGUGUUUGAAAGCUAUGGUACCCAAAAACACUACAAAUCCCAUGUUGAAUCAACAACAUAUCUUCUUAGACCCAUAAAAUAUUCAGCUCCGGACAACAUCAUAAGCAACAAUAUUGGCAAUAUUGGCACAAAUAUUCAUACAGACAAGAGUUUCCUGACCAUACUUCGUCAAACUGAAGUUAAUGGACUGGAAGUGCAGCUCAAGAAUGGGGAGUGGAUUUCCGUGGAUGUACCACCUGGAUCAUUUGUUGUCAUGUCAGGGGAUGCAUAUCAAGCAUGGAGCAAUGGGAGAAUACAUGCAGCCAGGCAUCAAGUUAUUAUGAAAGAGGACAAGGAAAGAUACUGUCUUGCAUUAUUCUCAUUCAAUCAUGGGACUACUAAUAUUCCUAAAGAGCUUGUGGAUUCAGAUCAUCCAUUGCAAUUCAAUCCAUUUGAUAAUUUUGGGUUGGUCCAUUUCUACCUCAAUAGUGCCACCCAGAUGUCUGAGAGCAGUGCCAAAGCCUAUUGUGGUGUCAAUGUUGAAUUUUAAUCAAGUGAUUUUUGUCAUAGUUUAUUAAGGUGGUGUAAAAUGUGUUUUCAAAAGUCCCCAAAGUGCACUUUUGUAAGUGAGAAAACGUUUCUUAAGUCUCCUGUCCACUUCACAUUCACUAGUUGGCUGAUUCCUUUUUACAUGGAUUUGUGUUUGUUGAAGAUUGGGCUUGACCGUUGAUCAAAUUUGUUAGGUCUAAAUGUGUUAUUGGCAAUUCUGUGAACAAAAUGGAUUUAAUCGUAUGUUUGUAACUCAA